CCAUCAAACAGCUUCCCUUCCUCACUCCGUCUGCCUCCCUCCCAUCUGCAGGAGCAUCUUACAGGAUAAUCAGGUGGCGCUUUCCAUCCAGCCUCAGCAUCCGCCGCCUUCCAGAAGAGGAGAGCCGACAGACGGUGUUGUUUCGUGCGAGGAGGUGUCCUGUGUGCGUGGUUUUCUUUUCUCCCCUCCCUCCCACCUCUCCGGUUAAACAUGGUGGAAAUGUCGGAUAUGGUGUGCCUUCUCGCCCCGCUGCUGAUGUUCGCGGGGUCCACCUUGCAGGCGGACGUGAAGAGCGUCCGAGAAGCGGAGAAAUCCGGGAAUUUCAUGGAAGACGAGCAGUGGCUGUCCACCAUUUCACAGUACAGCCGCAAGAUCAAGCACUGGAAUCGCUUCAGAGAUGAGGUUGAGGAUGAUUAUGUGCGAACCUGGGAUGAAAAUCAAGGCUCUAACGACAAUGUAGACACCACCAAGGACCCCUGUCAGAAGGUUAAGUGUAGCCGACACAAGGUGUGCAUCGCCCAGGGCUACCAGAGAGCCGUGUGCGUCAACCGCAAGAAGCUGGAGCACAGACUGAAGCAGCCCGCUCUCCGCUCUCCUGAUGGGAACUGUCAGCCAUGUCCCAUCUCCUCCACCGGGCCAGUGUGUGGAUCAGACGGACACAACUAUGCCUCAAAGGUAAGCUAGAGACAGCAGAUGCGUCUUACUGUGAAG